UUUGGAGAGUAAAGGGUUUUGAGGACAUGAAAACGGAGUCCACCUCUAUAGGAGAGAGAGAGUAAAAGAGGCGGAAAGAAGCAAAGCACGGUGUGUUCUGUUCUUCAUACUUCCUCCAUCGGAAGUGCGCAACACACACACAAGUACACAACAAACAUCUGCAAGUCUUGCACUUACUUCCUAAAACCCUACUCUUUUUCUUCAACACAUCUCACUCCUUCAUCUCUGCUUCUAAGAUCCCAAUCUCUCAACAUGGUUCGACCCGAACCCUGUGUUCUCUUCGCCCAAACCUUCGUCCAUCCUCAAUUGGAUGAAUACGUUGAUGAAGUUAUAUUUGCUGAGCCAAUUGUGAUAACUGCUUGUGAGUUUUUGGAGCAAAAUGCAUCUUCAGCUUCUGCUGCUGUUACUCUUCUCGGGGCUACUUUACCUCCUUCAUUUGCUUUGGAGGUAUUUGUUCAAUGUGAAGGAGAAGCAAGAUUUAGGCGUCUUUGCCAACCAUUUCUAUAUUCACAUUCUUCAUCCAAUGUGCUUGAAGUUGAGGCUGUGGUGACUAAUCAUCUUGUCGUGAGGGGCAGUUAUCGCAGCUUAAGCUUGGUUGUAUAUGGAAACACAGCAGAAGACCUCGGGCAGUUUAAUGUUGAAUUUGACUUGGACAACUCUGUAACAAAUCUUGUUUCUUCUUCCGAGAUGAAGCUUGAGGACCUGCCACCUCUAUUACAUUCUAGAAAUCCUAAACAUGAGGACACCAUUUCCUCUCUGAAGGCAUUAUCUUCGAUGCUCCCGGCAACAGAUAUUUCUGCUGAGAGGCGACAAUUUUUGCAACUUAUAUUGAAAAUAUUGGAUGUCCCUGACUGUGGUGAUUUUUUUCAGAAGAUUAUGGCUUUAGUUACUUCUGUAGCUGCUUCAUUCUUCACAAUUGACUUAGCUAGCACUGGAAUCACAUUUCAAGAGUUGAAUUUAGGCGCAGUAUUAAAUUUCAAAGGAGCUUCUCAUGUUUUUACGGAGGCAAAAAUAAAUCUUCUUGAUCUUUGCAAAACAUAUGUGGAAGCAGGACACAUAUGUGGCGAUUUCUUGGUAGAUUGCAGUUUUCUCGAGUCUGAAGCUGAGCUAGCCACUUCUAAGGAGUUGGUGGAUAUUUUUUUUCAGCACUUCCACUUUGACCGGGAGACAAUUGUUGGACAUCCUCAUAUAUCACAGAGUAAUAAUGUACUUCUUUGGUUGAGUCUAGCCUUGAUACUAAGCUCUGGAAAAGAGAGCUGUUUUCAUUAUGUAAAUGGUGGAGGAAUGAAACAGCUUGCACAUUUCCUUAGCCAUGACAUGCAAAACAGUGCAACAGUUACUUUGAUGCUGCUUGGAGUUAUUGAACAAGCAACUCGUUACUCUGUUGGGUGUGAAGGUUUGUUAGGUUGGUGGCCUCGUGAAAGUGAAGAUGUUCCCUCCAGUGUUAGUGAGGGAUAUAGCCAGUUAUUAAAGUUACUGAUGCAAAAACAACGACAUGAUAUUGCUGCAUUAGUGACUUAUAUCCUUCAUCGGUUGCGGGUCUAUGAAGUUGCUUCUAGAUAUGAGUAUGCAGUACUCUCCAUAUUGGGAGGACAUUCUGGUGAUGGGAAUGCUACAACCACGACUUUAAGCAUGCUUGUGAAUGCUAAGUUACAGCUAAGGAAGCUUUUGAAAUUAAUAAACUCAUCUGGCUGGGUUGAAGAUCCUUCGCCUCUGGCCUGUGCUAUCCGAUCAUCGAUGAUGUCAGCUUCCGAAGGAGUAUCAUCGUUCAAAGCAACUGGCAAGCUCAUUGCUUCCUCAAGUUGUCGCUUUCUGCAUCAGGAAAUUGAUGCAAAGCUGCUUUCGCUUAUGAAGGAGAGGGGAUUUCUUCCAUUGUCAGUUGCAUUAAUAUCGUUGCCAAAGUUGCGGGAUGAAAGAGGACAUGCUCUUGAAUCAUUUUUGGAUGUGACAUCUUCUAUUGAAGCCACAAUUCUUUCAUUUAUGUUUUGCCGCUCAGGUCUUGUCUUCCUGUUGCAGCAUCCUGAUCUUUCCUCCACAAUCAUUCAUGCAUUUAAGGGGAAUGAUGAAGUGAUUGAAUGUAUUCCUCUUCGAUAUGCAUCUCUUUUGGUAUCUAAAGGGUUCUUUUGCCGUCUACAAGAGGUUGGAUUAAAUAUUGAGAUGCAUCUCAGAGUUGUUAAUGCUGUUGGCCGUUUGCUUACAUCGACACCAUGUUCAGAGGAACUUCUUUGGGUGUUGUGGGAGCUAUGUGGUCUCUCCAGGUCUGAUGGUGGUCGUCAAGCAGUACUGGCUCUCGCACACUUCCCAGAGGCUAUUACAAUUUUGAUUGAGGCACUACAUUCUGCCAAGGAAUCAGAGUCCAUUUCUUUGUCUUCUGGUACUCCUUUGAAUCUUGCAAUUUUUCAUGCUGCUGCUGAAAUAUGUGAGAUCAUUGUUACAGAUCCAACCUCAUCUUCAGUGAGUGUCUGGAUUGACCAUGCAGCUGAGCUUCAUAAAGCUCUGCAUUCCUCUUCUCCUGGAUCUAGUAGAAAAGAUGCCCCUAGUAGACUCUUGGAGUGGAUAGAUGCUGGGGUUGUUUACCAUAAAAAUGGAGCUGUUGGUCUUUUGCGUUAUGCAGCCUUUUUGGCCUCAGGAGGUGAUGCUCAUAUAACUUCAACAAAUAUUUUGGUCUCGGACUCUAUGGAUGUGGAGAAUGUAGUAGGUGAUUCUUCUAAUGAAUCUGAUGUCAAUGUUGUGGAAAAUCUGCUUGGGAAACUUGUUUCUGAUAAAACCUUUGACGGGGUUCCUCUUCGUGAUUCAUCUGUGGCUCAGCUGACGACAGCAAUCAGGAUUUUGGCUCUCAUUUCUGAGAAUGUGGACGUUGCUGCUUCACUAUUUGAUGAAGGUGCUAUGACAGUUAUCUAUGCCAUUCUUGUGAACUCCAGAUUGAUGCUUGAGAGGUCUUCCAAUAAUUAUGAUUAUCUUGUCGAUGAUGGUGUAGAGUGUAGUUCUACAUCUGAUCUAUUGCUGGAGCGUAAUCGAGAGAAGUACUUGGUUGAUCUUUUAAUUCCUUCACUUCUACUGCUUUUAGAGCUUCUGCAAAGACUAAAGGAAGCCAAAGAACAGCAUAGAAAUACAAAAUUAAUGACUGUCCUUCUACGGCUACACUGUGAAUUAAGCCCCAAGUUAGCAGCUUCUGCUGUGGAUCUGUCCUCAUCCUAUCCCGAGUCUGCACUUGGUUUAGAAACAGUUUGCCAUCUGAUUGCGUCAGCUCUUGCUUGCUGGCCUGCACAUGCUUGGGCUCCUGGUCUUUUCCACACACUUCUUGAUAGUGUUCAGGCAGCUUCCUUGCUAGCAUUGGGCCCUAAAGAAACCUGCAGUAUGCUGUGUGUAUUGAUUGAUCUCUUUCCAGAGGAGGGUUUCUGGCAUUGGAAGAAUGGUAUGCCCUUGAUGACAGCUGCUCGAUCAUUGGCUUUGGGGACAUUGUUAGGGCCUCUGAAAGAGAAAAAAGUGAAUUGGUACCUGGAGCACUCAUAUAUUGAGAUUCUUCUUGGUCAAUUGAGUCCACACCUUGACAAAAUCGCACAAGUUAUCCUUCAUUAUGCUGUUAGUACAUUGGUCGUGGUACAAGACAUGCUUCGAAUACUGAUACUUCGUAUUGCACGUCAAAGAGCAGAAUAUGCUAUUGUGCUUUUGCAGCCUAUUAUUUCUUGGGUCCAAAAUCACGUGGCUGAACCUUCUUCUCUGGGUGAUAUGGAUACGUACAAGGGUUAUAAGUUACUGGAUUUUCUUUCUCUUUUGUUUGAGCAUCCACUUGCUAAGACAUUGUUAUUGAAAGAGGGUACUCUCCAGAUUUUGACAAAAGUGCUAGGAAGAAUUUACGCUCAUGGGAAAUCUGUUUCGGAUGGAAGAAGCUCACUAAAUGCUGGAUUCAGUAUAUAUAAUUGCUGCCUCCCUGUGCUCAGGUCCUUGACUCUAAUUUGUGAUACUCGACCCACUCAGAAGCUGUAUGGGGUGUUCGACUGCAAUGAGAUCUUGAGUACUGAAGAUUCUGCUGUUAUCUUAAACUAUGUAUUCAAGCUCUGUCAGCUUCUACCAGUUGGAAAUGAAUUGGUUGCUUGUUUAACCACUUUCAAAGAAGUAGCUUCUCAUGCUGAAGGUCAGAGAGCACUUUUUGACGCUUUCCUGUUCAUCAGAUCCGGUAAUACCAGCGAAAACCAACCAGGAAGACCACAGGAAUUCCAUGGGUUCUAUAAUCACUUAAUCGAUGUUGAAUGGAGGAGAUGUCCUCUGUUAUGUUGCUGGAUUAAUUUGUACAGAUCAGUUGAGAACGAGGGUCUAUCCACCUACUCAGUUGAUGCUGUUGGCGUGCUGUCAGUUGGUGCAAUGAGAUUUUGCAUUGAAGGAAAAAGUUUCAAUAAGGAUAAAAUUGAUGCUUUGAAGUACUUCUUUGGGCUUUGGUGUGAUACUGAUGAAACAAACGGCACUCUUGAGGAAAACAUGAAGUAUGUCCAAGAUAUGUCUUCUCUGUUGAGUUCGAAGAUGACUGAUAAUGAGUAUGCAGCUUCAUCACAUCUGAAGGCGACUUUGCAUCAGGUUGUGGAAUCUGCUAGGUGUCUUUCAUUAUUGCUUCUGAAGCCCAUUGAUGCACUUAAGGUCAAUGAUAUUAUUUCAGAGGGAGUUCUUUUGUUUUCUCCUGAUGCUAAACUUUCUACAAAGAUACAUUUGCUGACAGACAGCAGUUCGGAAAGGGUUGAAAAUGAGUGGAAUAUCGGAGAGUUAAGUGACCAAUUUCAAUGGGAGUGUCCUGAAAAUUUGCGCAAUAGGCUGUCUCAGGCAGGUCUUCUGGGCAAGAGGAAGAUAUCAACAGUCGAUGGAGCCAACAGGCAUGGAAAAGGAGAUAAUGCUCCAGUCGAUGUACGAGGAUCUGGACCAUCUAUAGCACCUCCUAUUCCAACUCGGAGAGACACCUUUCGGCAACGCAAGCCAAAUACAAGCAGGCCUCCGUCUAUGCAUGUAGAUGACUACGUUGCCAGAGAAAGAAAUUCUGAUGGGGUUUCUAAUCCAAAUGUUAUUGCAGUUCCACGCCUGGGGUCUUCUGGUGGGCGGCCUCCAUCCAUUCAUGUUGAUGAAUUCAUGGCCAGACAAAGAGAGCGUCAUAAUUCGGUUGCUAUGGCAGGUGUAGAGGUUGCAUCUCUAGGAAAAAAGGUUACACCUGAGAAUGACAAUGGUACAGAAAAGUCCAACCGAUCUAAGCAGCUCAAAGUUGAUCUUGAUGAUGAUCUUCAAGGAAUUGACAUAGUAUUUGAUGCUGAGGAGAAUGAACCUGAUGAUAAGCUGCCUUUUCCUCAAGAGGAUGAUGAGAUCCAGCGGGCUGCAUCUGCUUCAGCAGAACGAAGUCCUCAGCAUUCAAUUGUUGCAGAAACAGAAAGUGAUGCCAAGGACUUGGAAGCAACUGUAGCUUCCAAUGCAGAUGAGAAUACGCAAAGUGAACUUUCCUCAAGAAUGUCAGUAUCACAUCCUGGAAUGCAACUAAGACGCGAGCCCAGUGUCUCCUCAGAAAAGAAAUAUUUUGGGAAACUUGAUCAGAAUAACGGUACAGCUAUCAUUUCUGACGGCUUUGAUUCUGCGGUAGCAAAGACAUCCGGAUUGUCUGCCUCUAAAUAUGGUAAAGGUACAUCAAUGGCUCAGGUACCGAUGGAUUCAAGGACGCCACCUCCCAGUUAUUGUCCAGAUAAUAAUCUUCAAAGGAUUGGGAAUGUGGCCCUUGGUGGACCACAAGGCCAUCAUGAACAGAAAUAUAUGCCUAAUCAGCCACCAUUACCUCCAACACCGCCUCCAUCAACAAUUUCGCCUGGGAAAUCACAGGUUGAUACUAACUCAGGUUCAGCAUCACCAUUUGUCAAUCCUCACAAUGAUGUGCAGCCGCCCUUGUAUCAAAACUAUACACAAACGGAUUACCAGUCUUUUGGCAGUGUCCCCUCAUCGUUAGCAUCUUCCAACUUCAUGUUGGAUUCACGCUAUGCACGGACAACUCAUUCUUCCCCAGGGGGCUCUAAUAGGCCUUUGCCACCACUUCCUCCUACACCACCUCCUUUCUCAACUACCCCAUUGAAUUUACCAUCCAGGUCUUCUGCAUCCCAAUCCUCGGUGUAUGCUCAGAAUAACACAGGAGUAAAUGAGGUUUCACAGUUUGCACCUCCGCCAUUGAUGCCUCCAGGUUUUAAUAGACCAUCUUCAAUGCCAUUUACUAUGCAUGGGAAUAUUCCUGUUCAACAAAGUGACAAUGUUACUGGCGUAGCUCAGAACAGCAAUGCUUCACAACCUCCAAUGCAAUCUAUGCAGCCACUUCCCCACCUGCAGCCCUUGCAACCCCCUCAACUGCCUUGUCCUCAGCUACCUCACCAACUAAGACCACCAAUGCAGAAUCCUCUACAUACAGAGCAAAGGGGUUCUGCGUCCCAGAGCCAUGUUCAACCUCAGCAAAUUUUGCAACAGUCCCAAAUGUCUCCAUAUCAUUUGUACUAUCAGAAUCAGCUGCAAGAUAACUUCCCACAUUCACAGCAACAACUACAAGUAGCCCAUCACCAGGGAGAGGCUGUUACCCAGCAGCAGGUGGACUCCUCUAUGUCACUGCAACAGUACUUCAGUUCUCCCGAGGCAAUUCAGUCUUUGUUGAGUGAUCGUGAUAAGCUUUGCCAGCUUCUAGAACAACACCCAAAGUUGAUGCAGAUGCUUCAGGAACGGCUUGGGCGGCUCUAAACUGUACUUCAAAGCACUGAAUUAUCAUUUACUCGCAUCUACUUCCUCUAUCAGAAUUUUGUGUCUGCAUUCUUCUCAUCUGCUUACAGAAAGCCUUGAGUGUCUGAAAUGUUUUUCAGGGUUUCAUCCUCUUUGUAUUUAUGUCCACAAAUUUUGCUGUAUAUGUAUAUAAACAUCAUUCCAAAAAUUGUUUGUACAUUCUUUGUUGCAAUAUCAUAAUGUGCAUAAAUUUGAGCUUUCAUUGGGAA